AUGUGCCAAUCCAACCUCACGGUGUCUACUGAAUUCAUUCUGAUGGGAGUCACACGGCAGCCUGAAUGGCAGCUUCCCCUUUUUGGGGUCUUCCUCAUCAUCUACACAAUCACAGUACUGGGCAACCUGGGCAUGAUAAUUUUGACCAAGCUGGACUCCCGCCUCCACACACCUAUGUACUUUUUUAUUAAACACUUGGCUUUUGUUGACCUUGGCAAUUCCACUGUCAUUUGUCCCAAGAUGUUGGUAAAUUUUGUCGUGGAAAAGAACAUCAUUUUCCAUUACACGUGUGCCACACAGAUGGCUUUCUUCAUGAUCUUCAUUGUGAGCGAAUUGUUCAUUUUGUCGGCCAUGGCCUAUGACCGCUUUGUGGCCAUCUGUGAUCCUCUAUUAUACAAUGUUUUUAUGUCUCAGAGACUUUGUCAUAUGCUGGUGGGUAUUCCCUACCUCUAUGGUGCCUUGCAGGCUCUGAUGUUCACUACUAAGAUUUUUACUUUGACCUUUUGUGGCUGUAAUGUCAUUAGCCAUUUCUACUGUGAUGUUGUUCCCUUGUUACCUAUGCUCUGCUCAAAUGCACAAGAAAUAGAAUUACUGGUCAUUUUAUUUUCAGCAUUUAAUUUGAUCUCCUCCCUGCUGGUGGUCCUGGUAUCUUACAUACUAAUUUUGUUAGCCAUAUUUCAAAUGCAUUCUGCAGAAGGGAGAAAAAAGGCUUUUUCCACUUGUGGUUCUCAUCUCACAGCAGUAGCUGUGUUCUAUGGGGCUCUACUCUUUAUGUACUUGCAGCCCAAAUCCACUCACUCCUAUGAUACAGAUAAAAUGGCCUCUGUGUUUUAUACAUUAGUGAUCCCCAUGCUUAAUCCCUUGAUAUACAGCUUGAGAAACAAAGAAGUUAAAAGUGCCUUCUUUAGGGUCUUUAGGCAUCAAUGA